AGUGCUGGACACUUUAACUUAGAUGUUCACCAACACCGUGCAGCCGAACAUCGUCUCUCUAUUCUCUUCUACGAGUAGCGAAGCUCUUUCCCUUUUUUCACAGCAAACAGAUGAGUCUCUUGCCGCAGAUUCAUUCAUCCAUUUUCUGAACGAUGGGUCCUCACUACCAUCUCCGUCUCCACCUGCUGUUCUCUGCUCGACGCCAGCGCUCGGUGACCAUGAUGAACCAAAUAUUGGCUAUGGCCUGCAUCAGACUGUCCUUCAUAUUCAGUCCCCAACUCUCCGGACGACUUUCAUCCGGUCCCCACCUAUUACAGAUGCCGGUGACAGAGAUUUGAGCUUAAAGCAUAAAUGGCUUCAUCUACAAGUUCGAAACAUGGGCAGGGAGUGGUCUUUCGACAUAGGGAUCGUUGACAAGUCGGGGAGGCGCGGUGUAGUUCGCUGUUCGACAUUUCAGAAGGAACCCAAACUCGCAAUAUCUCCUGUUCCGAAUGCACAACCGGUGCUUCAUCUGCCUCUUUCAUUUCCACAGCCCUCGUCUCGUCCCUUGACAGCAUGGUCUACAAUUACGCUUAACCUUCCGUCUUUGAUACCCCACUUUAACAAACUUGCUGGCAUGAAUCAGCUCGAUGAUGGCGAAAGCAGUCAUCAUGACAUCAAUCGCCCAGUAACACUCUCGGCGAUAAAUACCCCUGUUCCUAGUGGGACAUAUUCGCACUUGUCAUACAUCAAGAUUUAUGCGACAUGUCGUUUACGGAGAAUAUGGUUGAGUGAUCUUUCCCCAGACUCACAAGUGCCAUGGGAGUUUGAGUUAUAUGGGACUUAGAUGGAUUGCGUGGUUGCGCGAUGAUGCGAAAAGACAUGUGCUUUAUCCCUGUGUUAAUUGCAAAAGUGCUGUAUGUCCGGUGUUAUUGUUCUGCACUGAUGUUCUCACAUCGUUACUCUCCAUUGUAUGACUAUGUUCUGAAAUGGGUGGAAACCCGGACACUCAUGCUCAAUUACUCAGCUAGCAGUACCAUAUAUAGGCAAUACUUUUGUAGGACCCUGAAUACCGCCAAUGCGAAUCAGAAAUAAUAUUAUGUGCUACAUGUGUCAAACAAUUGUAAGGAUUCCAUAUCCUCUA